UAGUGUAACCAGUUCUUCUCUGCCUCCUGGUUUCUUCUCUUCUCUGUGUGCGCACAAUCUUCCACAAAGGCCUCAAGCGCUCGCAGCCGUUCGUAUCUGCUACCCAAAAGUCAUUAACCACAACAGCAUCACCCUGCACCCCUCUGUUCUUCAUCUUGUUCUUGCCUGGGAGCCCUGGGAGGCGGGAGUCCAGAACAACUGGCCUUGAUCUCCUUUCCUGCUUCAAUAAUCCGGGAGAAAAGAGCUCCAUUCGAAGAGUUGUGUGAUUAGCUAUUUGUUGGUUGGGCUGCCUGGGUCCUGGAUGGGCAGGCCUAGAGGUGGGAAGGCCAAUAAAUCGAUGGAAGCCGCGAAGAACGAAGACGCUGGAAGCGGCGCCGAGGAGGUGAUCCCGGCCUACAAGAGAAGGGGGCGGCCACUGAAGCUUCGGAAGGAUGACAUCGAUGAUGAGGAAGAGGACAUGGACAAGGUUGAAGACGAUGGCGACGGUGCGAAGAAGGUUGCCGUGAGCAAGGACUCGAAGGGCGUAGCCGAGAACGGGGCAAAGAAGAGGCGGCGCCCGACGAAGCGCGCGCCGGACUCGGCUGCGGAGGAGAAGGUCGGCGAGCCGGCGAGACCACUGAACGGAUUCCGGCAGAAUGGAAGCCGGCGGAAGAACACUCCGCGGAGAGCUGCCGAGGCAGGGGUGCAGACCAAGUGAGGCUCUGAAGAUUGAAGAAUAUGACUUGUGUUUUUUUCUUCGUCUGUUUUACCUCUUUCGUAGACCAGGAAAGCGUCAAAGAGUCUGUGGUGACUGGUGACCUCUCUCUCCAUUAGCAUGAACUUGCUAUGAACUGUGAGCAUGCUAAUGAGAAUACUGCCUAAUAGCAGUAGAAGUUAUGUAGCUGAUUGAUUUGUAGCUAGAAGUGCACUAGUAGAGGUAGUAGUGUUUAGAA